AUGGAAGAUCUCAAGGGCCCCACUGUUUCAUUGUGCCUAUCCGGGAUGAAAAUGGACUUGUAUCCAGGAGUGACAACUAUUGACAUGAUGUACAAAGAAGGUCUGCAUGGUGUGGAUAAUGGAAUUUUAAUAUUUGACAAGGUCCGGGUACCAAGGGAGAACCUGCUGGAUAAGUUUGGUUCUGUGGCUCCAGAUGGACAGUACCACUCACCUAUUAAGAAUAAGGGUGCAAGAUUCAAUGCAAUGCUGGCAGCGCUGACCCCUUCCAGAUUAGCUGUGACAUUCCAAGCAAUGGGUGCCAUGAAGCUUGGGUUGACAAUAGCCAUUCGUUACAGCCACAGCAGAAGACAGUUUGGACCCAAAACCAAGGAAGAAGUGAAGAUCAUUGAGCACCAAACGCAGACCCUUCGGCUAAUGCCUCACCUGGCCACGGUUUUGGCCCUGACCUUCACUAGCAGAUAUGCUGGGGCCCUCCUGGAUGAGGACAUCUUCCAUGGGAAGGAGCUCAUCAACAGUCGCUCACUGCAGGCUCUGGUGGCAGGCCUGAAGGCCUACAGUACCUGGGAAAACAUCAGCUGCUUGCAGGACUGCCGUGAGUGCACUGGAGGCAUGGUUGUGGUGCGGGAACUGCUGGCUCAAUAUUCCAAACAGUCUGAAGAAAGACCGUUUUUUGGCCUACUCCAAAACUGGACUGAGUCCAUGGGUGACAAGCUGAGAACCAGUUUUCUGGCAGUUAACAUGGACACAGUUGGUAAACUCGCCUUUUUGUUGAAAGCAGUGAAUUUUCGUGAAAGGGUUCUUCAGCGGGGUUUGGUGACCAGGAUUUAUUAUAAGGUGGUGACCAAGAAGGAAGACUUUUUCAGUGCCUGGAAUUCAUGCCUUCACCAUGUGGCUUCUCUGUCUCUGGCACACAUUCACCGAGUUACUUUAGAGCAGUUCUCCUUGGCAGUGAAGAGCUGUCCUGAUCAAGAGGACCAGGCUUUGUUAAUGAAGUUUUGCCUGUUAUAUGGAACCAAGCUGGUGUUCCAGGAGCGAGCCUGGUAUUUAGAACAUAAAUACUUGACCCCUAAAGCCAGCAUGCAGAUCAGGAGUCAGUUGCUGCAUUUAUGCGACUCUGUGAAGGACGAUGCCCUGAGGGUGAUCUCUGCCUUCAACAUUCCACACACCUCCCUCCACGCACCAAUCGCCGGGAUCCCCAACCCACGGGCUGCCUGGGCAUUCUACCCUGAACCCCUGCAGCCCCUGGCCGGGGAAAGGGCGCGCUCCCAGCGUCCAGUGCCGGGUGCCAAAUUAUAA